AUUCUGACCACCAUGGCCUCGAAAUCUCCUUCAGCAGGACAGCAAGGAAUAACCAAAAAUCUUUCUGGUGCCAAUGCUGCCUUCAAUGACAAGGGAAAGCCUAUGGAACUUCGGCUAUCGAACAUGGUUGCUGCAAAAGCUAUUAGUGAUGCAGUACGAACGUCUCUGGGGCCAAGAGGAAUGGAUAAAAUGAUCCAAACUGCAAAAGGCGAAGUCAUCGUGACGAAUGAUGGGGCGACUAUUUUGAAGAGCAUUCAGGCCCUCCACCCUGCCGCAAAGAUGCUUGUCGAUUUGUCUGCCGCCCAGGAUGUCGAAGCCGGUGAUGGUACGACAACUGUAGUUGUCCUUGCUGGAAGCCUGCUGGGUGCAGCAGAGAGGAUGCUUCAAAAAGGCAUCCACCCCACCAUCAUUGCCGAAUCUUUCCUCAAGGCCUCGACAAAGGCCGUCGAAUAUCUGACGGAGAUGUCUACGCCGGUUGAUUUGAACGACAAGGCUAGCUUAUUGCGGGCAGCAAGUACUUCAUUAAACUCAAAGAUCGUCUCGCAAUACUCGUCGACCCUUGCUCCCAUCGCUGUAGCAGCAGUAACGCGUCUUGUCACCCCUACAUCCUCUAAUGUCGAUUUACGUGACAUCCGCGUCGUGAAAAAGGUUGGAGGCACGAUAGAAGACACGGAACUGAUAGAAGGCGUUGUACUGAACCAAAAUGUCGUUGUCUCGGCAGGCGGUCCUACGCGGAUAGAGAAAGCUAAAAUCGCCAUCGUCCAAUUCCAGCUCAGCGCACCAAAACCUGACAUGGAUAACACAGUUGUGAUCAAUGAUUAUCGACAGAUGGAUAAAGUGCUGAAAGAAGGACGUCAAUACCUCCUAAAUAUCUGCAAAAAGAUCAAGAAAGCAGGAUGCAACGUUCUCUUGAUCCAAAAGUCUAUUCUACGAGACGCAGUCGACGACAUCUCCCUCAACUUCCUCAAAAAACUCGGGAUUCUCGCCGUCAAAGACGUGGAACGAGACGAGAUCGAAUUCUUGUCGAAGAGCUUAGGUUGUAAACCAGUGGCAGACAUUGAAGCCUUUACCGAGGACAAACUAGGAUACGCUGACCUCGUGGAGGAGUCCUCGACUUCUGGCCCAAAGGUGGUCAAAAUUACCGGAAUCAAGAAUCGGGGGCGGACUGUCAGCAUCCUGGCCAUGGGAGCAAACAAUAUCGUUGUGGAGGAGUGCGAGCGCAGUUUGCACGACGCUCUGUGCGUUGUGAGGUGUCUAGUGAAGAAACGUGCCUUGAUUGGUGGGGGUGGUGCGCCGGAGAUACACGUCUCUCGACUUCUUUCUCAAUACGCGCAUUCACUGAAAGGCAUGGAAGCCUUCUGCUUCCAGGCAUAUGCCGAUGCGCUUGAGGUGAUACCAACAACGUUGGCUGAGAAUGCGGGCCUCAACCCUAUUGCUAUCGUCACUGAGUUGCGUAACCGGCACGCACUGGGAGAGCGGAAUGCUGGAAUCAACGUCCGAAAGGGACUCAUAUCAAAUAUCCUUGAGGAGGAUGUCGUCCAGCCGCUGCUGGUGUCAACGAGUGCCGUAGAACUUUCGACAGAGACUGUCUGUCUAUUAUUGAAGAUUGACGAUUACGUUCAAGCUCGGUGAUAGAGACGCGUGGUAGAAACAAAUGAUUCCUUAACCUGUACAGAGGGCGUCCAAGCAGGCCCAAGCUUCCACAUUAAUGUGAUAUCUUUAUCACGUUGAUCGUUCUCAGGUUU